AUGGUAAUGGUAAGUACAGUAUUGCCAUCUGGUAGUCUUGGAACUACCGAAACGGGUCUACUUCCUGUUUUAUUUAGUGUGAAAGAGAAAUUGCUCUCGCCAGUUGGGGGAUUGCUUGGUAGAACUAGACAAGUAUUAACAAUGUCUAAUUAUUCCUUCAUUGAUGUAAAUAAUACUGAAUUAAUUAAAGAAGAAAACAUUAAACAAGAAGAAGAAUUAACUGAAGAUGAAAGUUUUAAAAUUGAAGAAGUAUUUAUCAAAAAAGAAAUCGAUGAUGAAAUACUACAUGAACCUUAUUCCUGUGUUGAUGUAGUGUUAAAAGAAUCUCAAUCAAGCUUUUCAAACGACGAUGGAAUAUUACAAGAACCUCAUUCUUUUAGUAAAACAGAAAUAUUGCAAGGACCUCAUUCAUGUGAAAUUUGUAAUCAAACAUUCAUCACAAUCGAAAAUUUAACUGAACAUCGACAAAUUCAUAAUGAGAAAAAAAGUUUACCUUGCGACGGUUGUGACAAAUCAUUUCCCGAUUACAGCCAAUUACUAAGGCAUCAAAGAAUCCACACCGGCGAGAAACCAUUUUCAUGUGAUCAUUGUGAUAAAACAUUUUCGCAGCUUGCUCAUUUAGCUAGCCAUAAACGACUUCAUACCGGUUCAAAAAAAAUUGAACCAGAAGACUCAAUUGAACAUGUUAAUAUUAAAAUUGAACCUGACGUUGAAAAUAUUGCAAUUAAUGGGAUAUUCAUUAAAAAAGAAAUUAACGAUGAAAUAUUACUGGAACCACAUUUAUGUAGUUUCUGUAAUCAAACAUUCGCUACUAUCAACAGUUUAAAUCAACAUCGACUAACUCAUAAUGAGGAAAAAAGUUUCUUUUGUGGCGAGUGUAAUAAAUCAUUUGCUAGGCAGUACAAUUUAGUUAAACAUCAACUAAUUCAUGCAGAAGACAAACCAUUUGCAUGUGAUAUUUGUGACAAAAAAUUUACGCAGAGUAGCCAUUUAAGUAGCCAUAAACGACUUCAUACCGGUGAGACAUUUUCAUGUACUGUUUGUAGUAAGACAUUUAUUCGAAGUUGUGAAUUAGCUAAACAUAGUCGAAUUCAUAGUGACGAAAAACCAUUACCGUGUGAUGAAUGUGGUAAAAAAUUUAAAAGUAAAAAUAAUUUAAUUAAACAUAAACUACGACAUAGCGGUGGAAAACCAUAUUCAGGUGAAAUUAGUGAAAAAUCGAUUUUGCAGCAAGGCGCGUUAACUGCUCAUGAUCCAUUGCAUAACGAAGAAGAUCCUUUUGCAUGUAGUCUGUGUGAUAAAAAAUUCACCACAAAAUCAAGUUUAGAAAAUCAUCAACUUCAAAAACAUCAAAUAGUUCACACAAAAGAGGAACCAAUUUCAUCUGAUAGUUGUGAUGAACCAAUACUAGACGACGGUUUUACGAGUGAACCCGACAACCGACAAGUUCACGUUAAGGGAAAGAAAAUUCGUUCUGGUGAAAAUUCCGAGAAAUCAUUUCCAUGUACUGUUUGUAAUAAAACAUUUAUUCGACGUUACGAUUUAACUGAACAUAGUCGAACUCAUACUGGAAUUAAAACUUUCUCGUGUGACGAAUGUGAUAAAAAAUUUACAAAUAAAAGUAAUUUAAAUAAACAUAAACGAGUUCAUAGUGGUGAGAGACCAUAUUCAUGUGGUAUUUGUGGAAAAGCGUUUUUACAGCAAGGUGGUUUAAUUGCUCAUAAUCGACUUCAUACCGGAGAAAAACCUUUUGCGUGCAGUUUUUGUGAUAGAGCAUUCACUACAAAAGCAAGUUUAGAAAGUCAUACCCGAACACACACUGGAGAAAGACCAUUUACAUGUGACAUUUGUGGGAAAACAUUUACCCAAAAAAAUUCUUUAGUCAUUCAUACACUAGGUCAUACCGGAGAGAAACCUUUAUCAUGCGAAUUUUGUGAUAAAAAGUUCACGCAGCAUAGCAAUUUACUUAGUCACAAAAGAGUACAUACGGGCGAUAGAUCUUAUUUAUGUGAAAUUUGUUAUAAAACGUUUGCUCAUAAAAGUGCCCUAGUAAAUCAUCAACUUGUUCAUACCGGAGAAAGACCAUUUACUUGUGAUGUUUGUUUCAAAACAUUUAGUCGAAAAAAUAUUUUAGACCAACAUAAACAACUUCACACUGGAGAGAAACCUUUUUCAUGUAAUGUUUGCGAUAAAAAAUUUUCACAACAGUCUCAUUUACUUUCCCAUAGUCGACUUCACACGGGAGAGAAGCCGUUUGCUUGUGAUGUUUGCGAUAAACAAUUUUCACAUCGUAGUAAUUUAGUUUGUCACAAACGAAUUCAUACCGGGGAGAAACCUUUUGAGUGCGAUAUUUGCGGUAAAACAUUUACUUUGAAAGGAGGUUUACUUAAACAUAUAAAGAUUCAUUCCCCUGAUAAGAAACCGUAUGAUACUUCGAAUAGAAAAAAAAGAAAGAAGAAAAAUCCUGUUAAGACUGAAACUUUAAAGAUUUCGUAUCCGGUUAUCGCUUCAGAGUACAUUAAUAUAAUGUGAACUAAUACAUCAAAAAGAAGUAAAAAAUGUAAAGAAAAUUUUAAAAUAUUUCCUUUGGUUUUCGAUAUAUAGAUAG